AUGCACAAAUUUAUCCUCUUGGGCGCCCUGCCCUCCCUGGUGCUCGCCACACGCGGCUUCGCCCCUACUCUCGAGCCCCCCGGGCAAACCAUCGGCAUCGGCGUCGGCAUCGGCUCUGAGGCCUGCCAAAACAAGGGUAUGCGGGAGUGCGGCCGCGGCUGCAUCCCCCUCGACUACAACUGCUGCCCCUCGCAGUCCGGCGGCUGCCCCUCCCAAGCCGAGUGCAUCAUCGGCGAUGGCGGCCAGGAUACCUGCUGCCCCUUUGGCGAGAACUGCCAGGGCGACAACGACGGCGGUGUAGGCUGGCCAGGCGGCCCGGGUCACGGCCACGGCCCGAACCCCCCACAGACCUCGACGACCUCAGACGGCGGUAUCGGUGCGGAGCCUACUCCUCCCGGUCCUGGAGAUGGGUCCGGGGAUGUUCCUAUCGAGACGCCGGGCCAGCCGGACCCGACGUGGUUGCCGGAUCCGACGGACCCUCCCGCGGAGUCGAGCACCACUUCGGCGGACUCGACGACCUCGACCCCUGAGUCGACUUCGACCACUUCCACCGCGGAGACCACUACUUCUCCUCCCCCGGUCUGGCCGCCUACGGACGCCACGACCACGACUACCAGCAGCUCUAGCACCACCAACACGCCCCCCAACCUGCCGACUCCGCCUACCGACAACGGUUCCCAGCCGGGUGAUGAUGACAACAACGGCCCGGGCUACCCUGGCGAGGGCAACAACUCGGGUGAUGACCACGGUCACGGUCACGGUCACGGUCACGGUCACGGCGAUGGCCAUGGUCAUGGGGAUGGUAAUGGUCACGGGAACGGAAACGGCAACGGUCACGGUCAUGGUGAUGGUCACGGUGAUGGCAAUGGGAAUGGCAACGGGAAUGGUAAUGGCAACGGCAACGGGGACAACACUCCCCCUCCUCCGCCUCCUCCCCCAGCCAGCGAGACAAACACUCCCUCGCCUCCCCCGGCCAGCGAGACCACCACUUCCACCACCUCCACCACCUCCACCUCAACCAUCACUCCGGACCCGAACCCGACUCCCAACCCGAAUCCCAGCCCCAGCCCUGAUCCCAACCCGGGCAACAACCACCCCGGCGGGAACCCGAACCCCAACCCGGGUAACCCCCCAGUAUUCACCCUCCCCUCCUCUCUCACAACCCUCACCACAACAUCAACCACAACCAGAACAUCCACAACCACCCCCUCUCUCCUCCCAACCCCCGGCACCCCUCCUCCCCCUCCUCCUCCUCCUCCGGUCCCAACUAGCUUCCCUCCUGUUCCGCCUAUCAGUCUUACUACCAUCGCCCAGCCUUCGACGACCACUACCCCCAUCGGCUCGGGCAGUGGUAGUGGCUCGGGCACUGGUUCCGGCACCGGAAGCGGUAACGGCAAUGGUCACGGAAACGGGAACGGCAACGGAGGUCACUUCCCCCCUCCGCCUCCGCCUCCGUACUACGCGAACGGUACCACCACAGGCCCCAGCGUGCCUAUCGUCACGGGGGGUGCAGCAGGUAUGGCUGCGGGGGGCCUUGGUGCGGCGAGGGUUUUGGGGAUGAGUGUGUGUGCUGUGGUUGUUGGGUUUGUUGUUAUGUUUUUGUAA